AAUUUAUCAUUAUUUCUUGCAGAAUGCAUUUGUAAAUUAAAUAUAGUAAUGGGGUGCUGUGGGAAAAAUGAGCAAGAGCCUAUAGAAUUAAUAGCUGAAAAUGGAACUGCAAAUCAACCAGGAAAAUAUGGAAAAACAAAAACUCAUGAUCCAUCAUUUAAUGGACCAAUCAAAAAUAGGAGCUGCACUGAUAUCAUUUGCUGUUUGAUAUUUGUUUUGUACAUUGUUGGAAUGCUUAUAGUUGGAUUUCUUGCUUUUUCGUGGGGAAGUCCUACAAAACUAUUGUAUCCUACUGACAGUCGAGGAAACCUUUGUGGAGUGGGAACUUUUGCUGAUCGUAAAAAUUUAUUUUACUUUGAUCUGCUUGAGUGCAUUCCAAGUUCAUUAUCUGAUAUUUACUCCAUCACAUCUUGUAAAACAACUCAGAUUUGUGUGAAAGACUGCCCAUCACAAAACACUUUUUAUCUUACAGCUGAUAAAAGUAAUUUGUACUGUCAGUAUGAAGUAAAUUUAAAUACAACGUCAAAAUCAAUUAGUCAGUUAGUAAAUGAAGGUUCAUGUGCAAAGUACACUUUACAAAGUGAAGCAUUGGCUUACAGAUGCAUCCCCACUGUGGUUGGAAACACACUUACUGAGUUUUUAUCCUCACAGUCGACAAAAACAAAUCAAAAUAUUACAUCGUCCAAUGGCAAACCAUUAAAUGAAGAGAAUUUGAAAUGGGGAACAAUAGCUCAAAGUAUCCUUUUAAAUUUGCAAAACAUUGGACACAGGGUAAUCUCUGAUAUUCAAAUAUCUUGGUACUGGAUAUUAGCAGCAUUUGGCAUAACAAUGGCUGUAUCGUUAAUAUAUAUUUUUAUAAUGAGGUGGUUUGCUGGCUUGAUUGUUUGGUUGACAAUAUAUCUUGUGUUAACAAUUACUGGAUACGCUACUUAUUACUCUUUUACGGAAUACAAAAGACUUGCUGCAAAUGACACAAGCUCAAUCACUUUUGUUUUUACAACAAACCUUUCCAGCUACAAGAACAUGAAGUCAACAUGGUUGGUGAUUGGUUGCAUUUGUGCUUUUGUGUUGCUGGUAUUAAUUCUAUUGCUGCUAGCACUUCGCAAAAGAAUAAGUAUUGCUGUUCAACUUAUUAAAGAAGGAAGCCGGUCACUCACUGCAAUGACAUCAACAUUGUUUUUUCCUAUUAUACCAUGGUUUUUGCAAUUGAUUUUAUUUGCUUGGUUUGUUGUGGUUCUGAUUUAUUUGUCUACUUCAACAAGUGCAAAAUAUGAGCAAGUUAAAAACUCUUCUUUUACUGGUAUAGCUUGUGAUGCAAUGGGUGCUGCAAAACAAUUUAUUGAUAUAAAUAACACGACAUCUUGUAGUUUUGUAAUAUACAACACAAAUGAUAAUAUACUUCGUUUACAAGUGUUUCAUUUGUUGGGGUGGUUUUGGCUUAUGAAUUUUAUUAUUGCAUUUGGACAAUGUUCAUUAGCAGGUGCCUUUGCAUCCUGGUACUGGGCAUGGGACAAAAAUAAGGAUAUACCUUCUCUACCACUGUUGAUGUCUGUUGGCAGAACAUUAAGAUAUCAUACUGGUUCUCUUGCUUUUGGUUCUUUAAUUAUAGCAAUUGUACAACUUAUUCGUGCAGCUCUUGAAUACAUAGAAUAUAAAUUAACAGGGCAAGGUGCUCAACCAAGUCCAGUCACCAAAUUCCUUUUAAAAUGUUUAAAGUGUUGCUUCUGGUGUUUGGAGAAAUUUUUGAAGUUUCUUAAUAAAAAUGCAUAUAUUGAAAUUGCUGUUUAUGGUAAAAACUUCUGUGUUUCAGCAAAAAAUGCUUUUAUGCUGCUCAUGAGAAAUAUAUUACGGGUAGCAGUUUUAGAUAAAGUGACAGAUUUUUUACUUUUCAUUGGAAAGUUGUCAAUAACUGCUGGGAUGGGAAUUGCAAGUUUUUACUUUUUUCACAAAGAAAAAAAUAUGAAUUACUAUUUUACUCCAAUAGUGAUUAUAACUGUUGGAGCGUGGGUUGUUUCCACAGCUUUUUUUGGAGUCUAUGAAAUGGCUAUUAACACAAUAUUUCUUUGUUUUCUGGAAGACUGCGAGAGACAUGAUGGAUCACCUGAUAAGCCAUAUUAUAUGUCAAAAAAGCUAAUGAAAAUAUUAAAUAAAAAAAAUAAAAAGACGAUAGAUGAAAAAUAAACUACUUGGUGUGAGAGUUGACUACGACAAUUUUUUCAUUAAAAGCUAUCGAUUAUAUUUUAUACUUCAAUUGGGAAAUUUUGUAAUACCUCAGUUUUGUAUGUGUAAGCAAUCUGCUGAACCAAAUAAAUUUAUGUGUAGGGAAUGUGUGGAAAUGAAACGUUUGACAUGACAAACGAAAUUACUUAAAAUAUUUAUUGUUUUUACAGCUGUUUGAUAUGUGUAAUUUAUUAAAUAUUAAAUUUUUAAUAGUAAAUAAUUGAUUUAUAUUUGCGAUUUUGUAUUUAUGGUUAUGACUACUUAAUACACAAAGUUUUUUUGUUU